UACUCGCUAAAUGAUUAUAAGCCACCCAUUUCUAAAGCAAAAAUGACACAGAUCACCAAGGCAGCAAUCAAGGCUAUAAAGUUCUACAAGCAUGUUGUACAGAGUGUUGAGAAAUUCAUUCAAAAGUGCAAGCCAGAAUACAAGGUACCUGGUCUGUAUGUCAUUGACUCCAUUGUGAGACAGUCUCGGCAUCAGUUUGGACAAGAAAAGGAUGUAUUUGCUCCAAGAUUCAGCAAUAACAUCAUUAGCACUUUCCAGAACUUGUACCGUUGUCCUGGGGAUGACAAGAGCAAAAUUGUUAGAGUGCUAAAUUUAUGGCAGAAGAAUAAUGUGUUCAAGAGUGAAAUUAUUCAGCCUCUCUUGGAUAUGGCAGCAGGCAUUCCUCCUCCAGUUGUGACCCCUGUCUUGCCCAGCACUACAGCUGCUACUAGCAACAAUACACCAGGAACACCUGUGACUCCAGUUACUCCAGCCAAUGUGGUACAGAGUUUACCUGAUCCUUGGGUAUCUCAGAUUGCUAAUACAGAUACCCUUGCUGCUGUUGCACAGAUUUUACAGAGUCCUCAAGGCCAGCAGCUUCAGCAGUUGAUACAGACACUGCAGAUACAGCAGCAAAAACCUCAGCCUUCACUACUUCAAGCCCUGGAUGCUGGUCUUGUCGUUCAGUUACAGGCCCUCACAGCACAACUUACAGCUGCAGCUGCUGCUGCUAACACACUUAAUCCACUGGAACAGAGUGUCUCUUUUAAUAAGAAGCUGAUGGACAGGUUUGACUUUGGGGAAGAAUCUGAACAAAAUGAAGAGCCUAAAAAGGAAACUCCUACUUCCCAACUGCCUUUAGUACCAGAAUCUGUGAACAACUCACUUUUUCACCAACUAGCUGAACAGCUGCAGCAACAAAAUUUAGAACAUCUCAGACAACAGCUUUUGGAGCAACAGCAGCCUCAAAAGGCAAGCCCUGAGGAGAAUCAAGAAGGAAAUUUUGGUUCAGAGCACUCUGCCUCACCAUCACAAGGGAGUAGUCAGCAGCAGUUUUUAGAAGUGGAAACAAAUGUAGAUGAUUCAAUGGAUAUUCAACAACAGGACAUGGAUAUAGAUGAAGGACAGGAUGUUGCUGAAGAAAUUUUUGAACAAGAAGAAAAGAAAUCAGCUGUUCGUUCAAGAUCAAGAACUCGUUCAAGAUCUCGUUCAAGGUCACCAAGAAAACGAAGGUCUAGAUCACGGUCUGGUUCUCGUAAGCGUAAACACAGAAAACGUUCACGGUCGAGAUCAAGAGAAAGGAAGAGAAAGUCGUCUCGGUCAUAUUCCAGUGAAAGAAGGGCUAGGGAAAGGGAAAAAGAGCGUCAGAAAAAGGGAUUGCCUCCUAUACGGUCAAAAACACUUAGUGUUUGCAGCACUACUCUUUGGGUAGGUCAAGUAGACAAGAAGGCUACACAGCAAGAUUUAACUAACUUGUUUGAAGAAUUUGGACAAAUAGAGUCUAUUAAUAUGAUUCCCCCAAGAGGUUGUGCUUACGUCUGUAUGGUUCACAGACAAGAUGCGUAUCGUGCUCUUCAGAAACUUAGUUCUGGAUCCUAUAAAAUUGGGUCUAAAAUAAUUAAGAUUGCAUGGGCUCUGAAUAAAGGUGUUAAAACAGAAUACAAGCAAUUCUGGGAUGUGGAUCUGGGAGUUUCAUAUAUUCCUUGGGAGAAAGUAAAAUUGGAUGAUUUGGAGGGCUUUGCUGAAGGUGGCAUGAUUGACCAGGAGACAGUAAAUACAGAAUGGGAAACAGCCAGAAGCUCAGAAGCUGCUAAAGAAAAUACUCAAACUACGCAGAGUGCUGUGAUGGAUAAGAGUACCGUUGUUACAACUCAGACAGAAGCUUACACGCAACCAGUCACUAUGCUGCAGAUUCCAGUAGCUCCAGCUGUACCUGCUGUUAGCUUGGUUCCACCUGCGUUUCCUGUCACAAUGUCUGUCCCUCCUCCUGGUUAUAGCGCCAUUCCGCCUCCACCCUUCUUGCGAGCAAGUUUCAACCCUUCGCAACCACCUCCAGGUUACAUGCCUCCCCCAGUUCCACCUGUGGUCCCACCGCCUGUUGUCCCACCACCUCUUGUCCCACCAGUUGUUCCAACACCUUUAGUACAGCCUCCAUUACCAAUUGCACAAGAGACAAUGAAGGAUGUUCCUUUUACUAGCCUUGUUCUACCAGUUGGCACAGUUACUAGCAAUCUACCUACUUCAACAUUAUCUGCUGGAAAUGUUUUUAAUCCUCUGCCAAUCAGCAAACCAGAAUCAGAUGAAAAGGGAUCACAUCUUACAGAUCUUCAGAUUUCUUCCAGUGAAAACAGUAGAUCUGUGCAAAGCGAUGUCUCGAGUAGCUCUGGACUUGGAGGAGUGCAGCCACCCAGUGUCUCGAGUAGUUCUGGGCUUGCUGGAGAAGGGCAACCACCCAGUGUCUCAAGUACCUCUGGACUUGCAGGGGGAGUACAGCCACCCAGUGUUUCAAGCAGCUCUGGACUUGUAGGAGGAGUACAACCACCAGCUGUUUCAAGCAAUUCUGGUCUUGCAGGAGGAAUACAGUUACCUAGUGUCUCCAGUAGCUCUUCUCUUGCUGGCGGAGUUCAGCCAAGCAGUGUCUCAAGUAGCCCUGGACUUAUGGCAGCAGUGCAACCACCAAAUGUCUCAAGUAGCUCAGGGCUUCUAGCUGGAGUGCAUCCACCCAGUGUCUCAAGCAGCCCUGGCCUUCUGACAGGAAUGCAGCCACCCAAUGUCUCAAGUAGCUCAGGAGUUCUGACAGGAGUACAGCCACCGAGUGUCUCAAGCAACUCUGGGCUUCUCAUAAUGCCACCACCCAAUGUUUCAAGUAGUUCUGGACUUAUGGGAGUGCCACCACCAAAUCUUUCAAGUAGUUCUGGACUUCUGCCAAUGCAGCAUCCAGCUGGGGUUCAAAACAUGCCUCAUUUAAAUAUUAGUAGUCAAAGGAUGCCAGGAAGAAUGCCACCACAGCGUAGUAUUCCUCCUCCAGCAAUCCUUGAUCCAUCUCUUCACCCACCACCUCGAGGUCCUUUUCCUCCAGGAGAUAUUUUUAAUCAAACAGAAAGACCUUUUGGAACACCAGGAAGACAGAAUAUCGAUAGCAUUUCUAAUCCAGAGAAAAGACUGCCACUUGGAGGCGAUAACAUUCAGUUUUUUUGAGACAGAGAUUAUCGCUUUCCUCCAGUGGAAAACCGAGAUAAUCUUAACAGGCCAUCUCCAGUGGAUGUCAGAGAUUCUGUUGGACGACCACCAGUUGAUCCAAGAGAGGGUAUAGGAAGGCCUCCAGUAGAUGGAAGAGAACACUUUGCAAGACCACAUGUAGACAUGAGAGAAAAUUUUGGAAGACCAGGUAUAGAUAACCUUGGUCGAAGAGAGCAUUUUGGUUUCAAUUCAGACAAGCACUGGGGACAGAGAGGAGAUUAUGAUGAAAGAGAGCACCAUGCCUUUCCUGUGUAUGGUGGUCCUAAAGGCUUCCAUGAAGACAGAGAGAGGUUUCGGCAUGUAAACUAUAGGUUUGAUAGUAGAAGUGGUCCCAAUUGGAACAGAGGAUUUGAACAAGAUACUCACAGAGAUUUUGAUGACCGCAGAAGACCCUGGGAAAGACAGAGGGAUAGGGAUGACAGAGAUUUUAAUUUUUGCAGAGAAAUUAAUGGGAACAGGUUUGGAAGAGACAGAAUGUCAAACAACUGGGUCCCCCCUCCACAUCCACGGGUUUUUGAAUAUUUUGAUGGGGCCACUUCCCAACGCAAAGCUGAUAAUAUGCCCCAGGUGAACGGUGAAAACACAGAGACAGAAAGUCAGCCACCAACUGCACAGGUGCAGGACGAUCCAGAACUUUAUGAAAAACUGACAUCUUCCGUCGAGAUAAACAAAGAGAAGAGUGACACAGAAGCUGAUAUAGAAAGUGAACCAGUGGUAGAAAGCACAGAAACUGAGGGGACAUAAUCAUCACUCAGUAGGUAAAAGAUACCUUUUGUAAAGUUGUCAUCUCUCUGUAAUAGAUAAAUGGCUGACUGGACCGUAGCAGUUCACUUUUGUCUGCCAGAAUUAAGUUAAUCUGAUGUUCAUGUUCAUCUUUGACUUAAAUAACUGUACAACUGACUUGUAUAGAACACUGUUCUUAAUUUGAACAUGGUAGGUAAACUUUUUUUUUAUUUCUCUGGUAAAGCAUAAACUUGCCCCCACUUGCUUUUAAUUUCACAAAGAUAAAAUAACAGCUUGUCAAACAAAGACUUCCUAUGGAAGAAAAUGGAAUUUUUUAGAUACUACCCUUAGGUUGGCUAUCGAAAUUGUUAUACUUGAAAACAGGUGCUGGUGUAUCUUGUCCGUGUUUUUAGGCUGCUCCAGAAUUUUAAAGUAUAGACAAAGCUGUGAUAUUUUAUGUUCCUACAAUUCGGCAGAAAAAGAAAUGGCCCAUGUUAUUUAAGGAGCAUAACACAGAGAUUAAAAGUGAUUUUGUAAAAUCUACACUAUAGUCUCUGUUUUCUCUAAAGUAAGUGUUUGUGAUUUGUUCCUCGUACUGCAGUGGGUUUAAAAAAAAUGAAAAAAGUACAUUUUAAUGUUGGGUGCAUUUUGUUUUUAGAUGCCAAUAAAGCAUAUUUGUUUGAUAACAGUGUUCUAGGUAUUGUAUUUUUUUAAAAACCUACAAGCUCUAAAAACUUGGAAUCAGCUAUGAUAUGUUCUUAGUCAGUUGUUGCAAAAAGUUUAUAUUACUUUUGUAAGACCAGUGCAACAGUUAUAUGUGCAAGAAGCAUAUGGUUUUUACAUCAAAAAUCAUGCAGUCCUACUAGUUUAUGUAAAUAACAUGUAUGUAAAUAUUUGUGUAAACUGUUUGUAGAUACCACUUUUUCUGUGUG